AUGUCCGAAGCUAAGAGACACGCACCGGACUCAGAUGACUCCACCCCCAAGAGGUCGCACACCGCCGGCGUGGCCCAAAUCAAACCGCAAUACAUCGUCUCCCUCACCUCCAACGAACCACCCGCAUCAGCGUCCUUGGACGAGGAGCCCACCAACGACAGGAUCCAGGACUCCAUGGGUCCGCAGGGCGGCAAGAGGGGCAAGAACAAGAAGCGCAGGGGACAGAACAAGAACAGGGAUAAUAGACAGGUGAAGGAGCAGAACCCGUUGUGUCCGCGUCUCGUGUUUGGCGGCGCUAGAGAGGAUUGUUCCUUUGGUGAUAAGUGUAGGUUCGAGCACGAUUUGCAGAAUUACUUGCAGGGGAAGGCAACCGAGGUGCAGUGCGAUGCCUGGAAUAAGACGUGUCCCGUGUUUGAUGCCGUUGGGUUUUGUCCCAUGGGGUUCAAGUGUAGGUUCUUGUCCGGCCAUUUGAAGGAUGCGGAAUCGUUAGUGGGUGUGCCCGAUGAAAAGCAGAAACAAUGGCAUAUGGGCGAGGUUAAUGUCAUUGGUGGUGAUCAGAAACUGGAUUUGAUUAAGAGAAGAUUUCAAUUUGCGAAGAGUGAUGAAGUCUUGGAGAUUAUCGAUUCCAUUCAGCAGGAACAUAGAGACGAAAUGAAGCCGGAGCAGCAGAUCGCUGCCGAAGCUAAAGAUGACGUGGAAAUCGCUCCACAGGUCGUCCAGAGGGAAAAGGAAUUGAAAGAACAUAGAGAAAGACAGAAGGAAUUGUACCUCAAAUACAAAGACACAAGAUAUUUCGCCCAAGAGAAGAAACCAUUGAAUUUAAACCGUAAGAAGAUUGUUUCCCCCUUGACCACGGUGGGGAACCUACCGUACCGUCGUCUAAUGAGGAAACUAGGUGCAGACGUGACUUAUUCGGAAAUGGCACUAGCAGUACCAUUGAUCCAGGGGACCAAUUCAGAAUGGGCAUUACCUAAGGCUCACUCCACAGAAGUUCCAGGAUACGGUGUACAGAUUGCAUGUUCCAAACCAUGGCAAGCUGCCAAGGCUACAGAGGCAUUAGCCGCCAACUUGGACAAUUCCAAUAUCAGUGAAAUUAAUUUGAAUUCAGGAUGCCCCAUUGAUCUCUUGUAUAGACAAGGUUCAGGGUCUGCACUCUUGGAUAAUCCAGCAAGAAUGAUCCGUUGUUUAAACGCAAUGAAUUAUGUUUCGAAUGACAUACCGAUCACAGUGAAAAUUAGAACGGGGACCAAAGAUGGACACCCGAUUGCCGAAGGGUUAAUGAAACGUUUAGUCUAUGAGACGGAUAUUUCUGCAGUGACUUUGCAUGGUAGGUCAAGACAACAACGAUACACGAAAUCCGCGGAUUGGGAUUAUAUUUCCAAAGUGGCAAACACUUUAAGAGAAUCCGAAUUGGAAUACUCCAAUUCAGAACAAUUUAAGGAUACUCGUGAAUCAUCACACAGAAUCCAAUUUGUCGGUAAUGGUGAUGUCAAUAAUUGGGAAGAUUGGUACCGUCAUCUUGAAGGCAAUUCCAAUAUUGAUAGUAUCAUGGUGGCAAGAGGUUGUUUAAUUAAGCCAUGGAUGUUUGAAGAAGUGGAAGCACAACAAUAUUUGGAUAAAUCUAGUGUGGAAAGAUUAGAUAUCUUGAAAGAUUAUGCACAAUUUGCCAUGGAACAUUGGGGGACAGAUAUGUAUGGUAUUGCUCAAAGUCGUAGAUAUUUCUGUGAAUUCAUGUCUUUCUUCCAUAGAUACGUCCCCAUGGGUAUUUGUGAAAGGUAUCCUGUUUAUUUGAAUGAAAGACCACCACACUGGGUUGGUAGAGACGAUAUGGAAACAUUAAUGGGUAGUACUGAUGUUAAUGAUUGGAUUAAAUUGAGUGAAUUGUUUUUCGGUAAGACGGAGGAGAAUUUCGUGUUUAUGCCCAAGCAUAAGAGUAAUUCAUAUUCUGUAAAUAAUUGA